CAAUAUUUCGGAUCGUCGUCCCCGUAAAAAAACUGCUUAGACGUGUUCCGAAAAAAUACGUUUUCUUUUCGAUGCACACUUCACAAUCGAAUCGAUAAUUCGCGGAUAGGGAAAGUGGUGGCGGCUCGGUGGAUCAACAAAGCAAUCUUCGACCGCAUUCAGUGUCAUCGAGGUCGGGGUCGCGCCGUCUACACGAAUUCGUCGGCUGUUAGGAAGUUGCGCGGUUAAAAAAAGAGGCGAAACGCAAUUCCUUCGUUUCCCCCUCCGGCAGGCUCGACCCAAUACAAGCCGUUUGCCGUGAUUGCUGCGAGUGUGGUGUGCGGUAAAAGCAACCCGUUCGAAGGUCAGAGCGGCCGUUUAGAAAAUCAGGUGCUUAAUCAAAGAGCAAAGGUUUCACGGUCCGUGGACUCUCGAGGACAGGGCCUGUUUCUUUCGUGCCAGUGCCACAAUGCUGGUAGUGUUUCGGGUUGGUUCGCGUUGUAGCCAGCGAGCAUCCACCGGAACACAGUGAGUAGUAGCACCUCUUGAGCAGCUGGAUCGCGUAAUCCCUGGAAAGGAGUACAACACGGCUGCAACGAUGGAGGGCGACAUCUGCCGGGUGUGCCGCUGCGAGGCGCAGUCCGAUCGUCCCCUCUUUCACCCGUGCAUCUGUACCGGAAGCAUCAAGUGGAUCCACCAGGACUGCCUGAUGCAGUGGAUGCGUUACUCGCGCAAGGAGUACUGCGAGCUGUGUGGCCACCGGUUCUCGUUCACGCCGAUCUACGCGCCCGACAUGCCACGCGUACUCCCGCUCAAGUACGUGGCCAAAGGUCUGCUCAGCUCGGUCGGUACAGCCGUGCAGUACUGGAUACACUACACUCUCGUGGCGCUGGCAUGGCUCGGGGUGGUUCCGCUGACGGCGUACCGUACUUAUCGGUUCCUGUUUUCCGGUUCGAUCGAAAUGGUGCUUACACUCCCGAUCGACAUGUUUUCUACCGAAAACAUUACCAUCGACGUGUUUCGCGGAUGUUUCGUGGUAACCUGCACCCUGUUCACCUUCAUCGGCUUGGUGUGGCUCCGGGAGCAGAUCAUUCACGGUGGCGGGCCCGAGUGGUUGGAACGGGACGAUCCUCAGGCCCCGGAAGGCGGUGCUGCGGGACCCCCUAAUGUUGCCGCACAGGGUAACCAGGCUGCAGGAAACGGAGUGGACGGUGGUGAGCAUGGAGCCGGAGCUGGUCCGGGAGGUGCCGAUGCUGCAGCGGGCGCACCGGGAGCAGCCGUCCCCGGUGCCAACAAUAACAACAACAAUGAUGAUGAUAAUAACAAUGAGGAAGAGCACAACAACAACAACAAUAACAACUUUGUUGAUAAUAACCUGCUCAACCGCCUGCAAGAAAGGCCGCCACAGCCCCCGCAAGAACCGGCGGCGGCGGUCAAUGAUGAACCGCAACGCUAUCGCGGCGGCGGCGGCGGACGAAUCGUCAACUUUCCGGAAGUUCCGCCCGAUAACGUGCCAAUAGAUCCGGCAGAGCCACCACCGCCGGCAGCGGAUGGUGAUCAACCCGCCGAUGCCGCCGGUGGCAUCAACGAACCAGAAGCGGCCGCCGACGAAGCCAACUGGAAUCCGAUGGAGUGGGAACGAGCGGCAGAAGAGCUCACUUGGGAGCGGCUGCUCGGUCUCGACGGUUCGAUGGUGUUUCUAGAACACGUUUUUUGGGUCGUUUCUCUCAACACCGCGUUCAUCGUGAUUUUCGCCUUUUGUCCGUACUCGAUCGGAAACUUUCUCAUCUCCUUUCUGGGCAUCAUCACGCCCGGCAAACCGUUGAUGCACUUCCACGGUCUGCUCACAACGCUGCUUGGGUACUGCGUGAUCGGCAUUACGUUGGUGAAGCUUCACGCCAUCGCCCGCUUUCUGCGCUGGCGCCGUCAACGCCGCAUCCUGGGCCUUUGCUACAUCGUCGUGAAGGUGUCCUUGCUGUCGGUGGUCGAAAUUGGCGUGCUGCCGCUCGUCUGUGGCUGGUGGUUGGACAUUUGCUCACUGCCGAUGUUUGACGCUACGCUCAAGGAUCGGAAAGCAAGCUUCCGGGCCGCUCCCGGCACCUCGCUGUUCAUUCACUGGAUGUUCGGGAUGGUCUAUGUGUAUUACUUCGCGUCCUUCAUCGUGCUCCUGCGGGAAGUGCUCCGCCCUGGGGUCCUGUGGUUCCUACGCAACCUAAACGAUCCCGACUUUAGCCCCAUUCAGGAAAUGAUUCACCUUUCCAUACUGCGCCACACCCGACGAUUGAUCUCGUCGGCAAUCAUCUUCGGAUCGGCCGUGCUGCUCAUGCUCUGGGCACCUAUUCAAAUCCUGAAAUCGUUCUGGUCCACAUUCCUACCGUACACGCUUUCGGGCGAUGCCGAAGUGAACGAACUGAGCCUCCAACUGUUGCUGCUGCAGUUUGUUUUGCCGGGUUUCUUCGAACAAUCGCAUACACGCAUCUGGUUGAAGGGUUUGGUUCGGAUCUGGUGCAACGUUGUGGCCCGCUUGCUUGGCAUAAAAAGCUAUCUGCUGGGGGUCGAAGUACGCCUUAACGAAGACGAUCCUGCGGCAGCCCGGAACCAGCAGCAACAACAACCGGAAGUCGGUGCCGGUCUAGCAGCAGCUCACCAAGCGAUCAUGCAACGGGACGUACCGAUCGGGUUUCAGCCUUACGAUCGCCCCCCGUUUUUCGCAAUCCGUCUCGUUGGCCUGCUCGUGCUUAUGGGCAUCAGCCUGGCAAUCGGUUCCCUAGCCAUACUGACGAUUCCGGUGUGGAUUGGUCGCUAUGGUUUGGCCCUCGGAUCGGUCGGUUCCUCAAACAUUACACCAUCCGCCAGCGCAGCACCCGCCAGUGGUGGCUCAGAACCCUCCGCAAGACCGCACGAGCUCUAUACGGCCGCCAUCGGUACGUAUCUGUGCUGGCUACUGUCGCGCGGCAUCGCGAUCGCCGUAAACCUGUUCCCGCAGGGCCGGGAAGCCGUCAUUGCACGCAUCAAACACUGGAUGUCGGUGGCCACCUCGUACGCGAUGGCCGCCAUCGUGUUCGUGCACAUGCUGGGCGUGAUACCGCUCAUGUUUGGUCUGCUGCUCGAGCUGGUGGUUGUGAUACCGUUGCGUGUGCCGCGGGACCAAACCCCGGUCCUGUUCCUCUGGCAGGAUUGGGCACUGGGUGUGCUCUACACAAAAAUUGCUUGCGCCUUGACCCUCAUGGGGCCCGAUUGGACGCUCAAGCGGGCCAUCGAACAGGCAUAUCGGGACGGAUUGCGUGAUAUGAAUCUGCGCUUCAUCAUUCGCGAGCUGGGUAUACCGGUGAUCACGUGCUUCGGUCUCGCACUUGCCGUGCCGUAUGUGAUCGGUCACUCGUUCCUACCGCUCUUCUUUACCAACCCGAUGACGCGCGCACUGUUCGCGCGCGAAAUUUAUCCGUUCUUCCUGCUAGUCGCGUUCGUCAUUGGCAUCAUCGUGCUGCAGGUUCGCCAAUUCAAGAACCUGUACGUAGCCAUAAAAAACGACAAGUAUCUGGUAGGCCAGCGAUUAGUAAACUACGAUCACCAGCGCAAAAAACGGCGUGCAUCUGGCUCAACGAGCGGUGGCGAGGAAAAUACUGCCGGACCCUCCGCACCAGUAGUCGCAUCGUCAUCGUCGACGGCGGCAGACCAACAACAACCGCCCGGUGAAGAUGUCGAAAGAACCACACUGGAAGCCGGGCCGGAUGCUCCGCGCAGCGCGCACUCGAAUAUAACGCUGCAGCAAGCGAUGGAAGAAGCUGUACAAUAGUAGAACAAUCAUAUUUUUGGAUGUUACGAGAUAUUUUUUUAAAUUAAACUAGAUGAUAAUAGAUUGGCAAUGUUUUUCUUUUCUUUCUGUUACCCUA